UUCCGUCAGCUUCCCAACAGGCACCCAAGAGGCUGCGAUAUUAAUGCAACACAUUUCUCUCUCUUUGUCUCCGCAGGAAAAGAAGAGUAUGUUGCAACCUUCAAAGGAUCGGAGUUCUUCUGCUACGACUUGUCCUUGAACCCGAUUCAAAGCAGCAGUGAUGAAAUCACAUUGUCAUUCAAAACCCUACAGAGGAAUGGACUGAUGCUGCACACGGGCAAAUCAGCUGAUUACGUCAACCUGGCACUGAAAAAUGGGGCUGUCUCACUCGUCAUUAAUUUGGGGUCUGGAGCCUUUGAAGCUCUUGUGGAGCCAGUCAAUGGGAAAUUUAAUGACAAUGAUUGGCAUGAUGUCAAAGUAACAAGGAAUCUACGUCAGGUAACGAUAUCCGUGGAUGGGAUUCUGACCACCACAGGAUAUACACAGGAAGACUACACCAUGCUAGGCUCUGACGACUUUUUCUAUGUUGGAGGGAGUCCUAGCACAGCUGACCUGCCUGGAUCACCGGUUAGCAACAACUUCAUGGGCUGCCUCAAGGAG